UGUGAGGUGGCAGCGGCUGCAGCGGCGGAGCGGGCGCCUCGGCCGGGCACCGGGGUCUGUUCCCCCUUCCCCGCCCUUCCCCCUGCAGGGGCGACAGGGGCGCAGCUCCCGACGGCAGGAGCAGGUCCCACCCCACGCCCUCGCCCCUGCUCCCCUGGACGGCGCUGGCCGCAUCGGCCACACCGGGCUGCCCAUUACCGGUCCGCCGCCUCCCCUGGCCCUGCUGCAGGGCCUCCGCCUGUGGGACUCGGGUGUGCCUGCUGUCCCUCGCCCGCUGGCGCAGGCAGGGCCUUUGCCCCGCCGACGGGCCUGAUAACGGGGUCUUUGACUUCCUCGCCCAGCCGCGACCUCCAUUCCCUCCGCCCGAACAAACCGAGCUGAGUCCCCCAGCCCCUCCUCGACAGUUCCGUGACGCAGCCGGUUUUAUUUCUGUUUUGAGACUAACAGCUAAAACUCGCGUUGGGCCUUCCUUCUAGGACUGGACUUGGUCUUUGAUCGCUGAGAGGGAGAGCGGCGGCGCUCGUCCUGGCAGCGGUCACGUCCGAAGCCAGCCGAGCCUCCGUUUGCUUUCACAGGAUCCCCGUGUCGUCUCUAGCUGCUUCUCGUCCUCCCACUUUGGUUUGGCUUGGGUACCUGGGGCCCCGGUAAAACCAGACGCUGAAUUGCUCUUACACAGCCAGAGUUACUGUCAUUCGCUUCCUGUCUCCUCUCAGAAGAAGGUGGACGGCACCAGCCUCUGAGCAGCUGGGAUUCAGAGAAGAAUUGCCCCGCAGCAUGGUUCCAUCAGCCGUUGUGCUCCUCUGAGAGGCUCUCAGUGCUGAGUCACGUCUCUGUCCACCUCCUGUGGGUGGGCAGAACUGCGCACCAUGGCAGAGGCUCUUGACCACUCUCGCCUGGGAGGAGGGGUUACUCUAGUAGCUGUGUGUUUCCUUAACACUCAGGAGUAGAGUAGAAAGAGGCCCUUAACCCUUCCCCCGUGCUGGCCUUCAGUAGCUAGUCUUCAAUAGCUAGUCGGCAGCCCCUUCAGUGAAUUGAGUGAGAAACGUGCUCUCAGCCAGGUGCUCUUUGAAAAAGGCCUACUGACGAAGGCUCUUGUUGAGGCUGUUACUUUGAUGGAGUGUGUGCUUUUCCCCAACCCUUUCUAUAUCAGCUGCUGCUGUAUCGACUUAGAUCCGGUCUACAGAUGUGUGUAGUCCUUCAUUUUGGGUUAGAUUUGGCAGGAUUAAGUUUUGUUCCCUCCUCUUUCUGGAAGACAGACCAUAAUCCCAUUAAUGGGUGAAAUUGACUCUAAUAUGUAUUGCCAUUUAGACUGAGGGUUAAAUCUGGCACCUCGAGGACUGAAGCCCAGCCAUACGCUUCCUGGGGAUGCUGGGCCUGGAAGCAAGCACAGCUUGCUCUGUCGUUGACUUCACUGACCCUAGGUUUCCUGGUUAAAAACUGCAGGCCUACUAUUGGCCUAAUACCCAUCCAACCUAUUGAUUGAUCCUUGAAGCUGUGCCCUCUGGGGCAUACGUAUGGCAGGGCCUACCACCAUGCGACUGAGCUCCCUGUUGGCUGUGCUUCGACCAGCACUGCCCCUCAUCCUAGGGCUGUCUCUGGGAUGCAGCCUGAGCCUCUUACGGGUUUCCUGGAUCCAGGGUGAGGGAGAAGAUCCUUGUGUAGAAGCUGUGGGGGAACCAGGAGUGCCACAUAAUCCAGACUCAAGAACUGGACUCGACCAAAGUGAUGAAGACUUCAAACCCCGGAUUGUCCCUUACUACAGGGAUCCCAACAAGCCCUAUAAGAAGGUGCUCAGGACUCGGUAUAUCCAGACAGAGCUGGGCUCUCGGGAGCGGUUGCUGGUGGCUGUCCUGACCUCCAGGGCUACCCUGUCCACUCUGGCUGUGGCUGUCAACCGCACAGUGGCCCACCACUUCCCCCGAUUACUGUACUUCACGGGGCAGCGAGGGGCGCGGACUCCUGCAGGAAUGCAGGUGGUAUCUCACGGGGACGAACGGCCAGCCUGGCUCAUGUCAGAGACCCUGCGCCAUCUCCACACACACUUUGGGGCCGACUACGACUGGUUCUUCAUCAUGCAGGAUGACACGUAUGUACAGGCCCCCCGCCUGGCAGCCCUUGCUGGCCACCUCAGCAUCAACCAAGACCUGUACUUGGGCCGAGCCGAGGAGUUUAUUGGCGCAGGCGAGCAGGCCCGGUACUGCCACGGGGGCUUUGGCUACCUGUUGUCACGGAGUCUCCUGCUUCGAUUGCGGCCCCAUCUGGACGGCUGCCGAGGAGACAUUCUCAGUGCCCGUCCUGAUGAGUGGCUUGGCCGCUGCCUCAUCGACUCUCUGGGCAUCGGCUGUGUCUCCCAGCACCAGGGGCAGCAGUAUCGUUCAUUUGAACUGGCCAAAAAUAGGGACCCUGAGAAGGAGGGGAGCUCGGCUUUCCUGAGUGCCUUCGCAGUGCACCCCGUCUCCGAGGGAGCCCUCAUGUACAGGCUGCAUAAGCGCUUCAGUGCUCUGGAGCUGGAGCGGGCGUACAGCGAGAUAGAGCAACUGCAGGCUCAGAUCCAGAACCUGACCGUGCUGACCCCUGAGGGCGAGGCAGGGCUGAGCUGGCCCAUCGGGCUCCCGGCCCCUUUCACACCACACUCUCGAUUUGAGGUGCUGGGCUGGGACUACUUCACAGAGCAGCAUACCUUCUCCUGUGCAGACGGGUCCCCCAAGUGCCCACUGCAGGGGGCCAGCAAGGCCGAUGUGGGUGACGCCGUGGAGACUGCUUUGGAGCAGCUAAAUCGGCGCUACCAGCCCCGCCUGCGCUUUCAGAAGCAGCGGCUGCUCAACGGCUAUCGGCGCUUCGACCCGGCGCGGGGCAUGGAGUACACCCUGGACCUCCUGCUGGAAGCCGUGACGCAGCGCGGGCACCGGCGGGCCCUGGCCCGCAGGGUCAGCCUGCUGCGGCCGCUGAGCCGGGUGGAGAUCCUGCCCAUGCCCUAUGUCACGGAGGCCACCCGCGUGCAGCUCGUGCUGCCGCUCCCGGCGGCCGAAGCCGCCGCAGCCCUGGCUUUCCUGGAGGCCUUUGCGGCCGGUGUCCUGGAGCCACGAGACCACGCGCUGCUCACCCUGCUGCUGGUCUACGGACCCCGGGAAGGUGGCCGAGGGGCCCCAGACCCAUUCGUUGGGGUGAAGGCAGCAGCGGCCGAGUUAGAGCGACGGUACCCGGGGACCAGGCUGGCCUGGCUCGCCGUGCGCGCAGAGGCCCCUUCCCAGGUGCGGCUCAUGGACGUGGUCUCUAAGAAGCACCCCGUGGACACACUCUUCUUCCUCACCACCGUGUGGACCAGGCCCGGGCCCGAAGUCCUCAACCGUUGCCGAAUGAACGCCAUCUCUGGCUGGCAGGCCUUCUUCCCGGUGCAUUUCCAGGAGUUCAACCCUGCCCUGGCACCACAGAGAUCUCCGCCAGGGCCCCCGGGAGCCGGCCCUGACCCCCCGUCCCCUCCCGGUGCCGACCCUGCCCGGGGGGCUCCCGUAGGAGGCAGGUUUGACCGGCACGCGUCUGCGGAGGGCUGCUUCUACAACGCCGACUACCUGGCGGCCCGAGCCCGGCUGGCGGGUGAACUGGCAGGCCAGGAAGAGGAGGAAGCCCUGGAGGGGCUGGAGGUGAUGGAUGUUUUCCUCCGGUUCUCAGGGCUCCACCUCUUCCGGGCCGUGGAGCCAGGGCUGGUGCAGAAGUUCUCCCUGCGGGACUGUAGCCCACGGCUCAGCGAGGAGCUCUACCACCGCUGCCGCCUCAGCAACCUGGAGGGGCUGGGGGGCCGGGCGCAGCUCGCCGUGGCGCUGUUUGAGCCCGAGCAGGCCAACAGCACCUAGCUCGGCCCGGGGCCCUGGCCCUCCGUGCGGCUCCCCUCUCGGCCGCGGCCCCGGCAGGGCAAGGCAAAACGGACGGACAGAUGGAGAGCUUGUGGCUGUAUUUUUUUAAUAAGAUAAAUGUUAUUAAAAGUGUCUUCU